AUGAAGCUCUGGAAGCUACCAUUCUAUGCUCUUGCCGGGCUGGCUACCCUGGCUAGCAGUGCCCCCAUCAAUUCCAACUCGACUAUCGCCGCGAAUGACAAACUCGUUUUCUGUCAUUUCAUGAUCGGCAUCACCAGCAAUCGAAAUAGUGCUGCUGAUUAUGACGACGAUAUGAAACGCGCAAAGGCUUUGGGGAUUGACGCCUUUGCGCUAAACAUCGGAGUGGACCCUUACACCGACACGCAGCUGAACUUUGCAUACGAGUCCGCCGCCCGCAAUGACAUGAAAGUCUUCAUCUCCUUCGACUUCAACUGGUACAAUACCGGGCAGGCCACGACUGUCGGGCAGAAAGUUGCGCAGUACGGCAACCGACCGGCCCAGUUGAAGGUGGACGGCAAAGUAUUUGUCUCCUCUUUUGCGGGCGAUGGCUUGGACAUUCAGCAGAUGAAGGCGGCAUCUGGGAUGGAUGUGUACUUUGCGCCGAAUUUCCACCCGGGCCAGGGGGAUUUCAGCAAGAUCGAUGGGGCGCUUAAUUGGAUGGCGUGGGACAACAAUGGCGACAACAAGGCCCCAAGCGCCGGCCGCAAUGUCUCGGUCACCGAGGGAGACCAAUCAUACACCAAGGCGCUUGGAGGGAAGGGGUAUAUCGCUCCGGCAUCUGGUUGGUUCUACACGCACUUUGGCGGCGAGGUGCCCUACAGCAAAAAUUGGGUGUUUCCCGGCGAUCUGCUCUGGUACAACCGCUGGCGGGAGAUCCUGAGUCUUGGCCCUCGAUUUGUCGAGAUCAUCACCUGGAAUGACUAUGGAGAAUCGCAUUACAUUGGCCCCUUGUCCUCCCCCCACACGGAUGAUGGUGCCUCUAAAUGGGUGAUGGACAUGCCACACGACGGCUGGCUGCAGAUGUCCAAGCCCUUCAUUGCGGCCUAUAAGGCCGGGGCUAAGACGGUGGAUCCGUACAUCACCGAGGAGAAGCUGAUCUAUUGGUACCGCCCGACCCCGAAGGGAGUCAGUUGCGACAACACCGACACCACCAUGGAAGGCAGCCCGAACAACUCGAGCGGCAACUUUUUCCGCGGGCGGCCGAAUGGGUGGGAGACGAUGGAGGACGCGGUGUAUGUGGUCGCGCUGCUCAAGUCGCCUGCCACGGUGCAGGUCGCCUCGGGCAAGAACAGCCGCAGCUUCAGCGCCCCCGCCGGCGCCAGCGCCUUCACCGUACCCAUGGGCGUCGGCCCGCAGCGGUUCGCCCUGGUGCGCAACGGCCAGAAUGUCAUGAGCGACACCAGCCUCAAGGACAUCGUCGACACCUGCAUUUGUGGGCUGUACAACUUCAACGCCUACGUCGGCACCGUGCCCGCCCCGACCACUAUCGACAAGCUCGGCCCCGUCGGCCUGGCCUCGCUGUCGCAGGGUCUGCGCACCGCCUGUCCCACCAACACCCUGGGUGCCAACCGGGUGGGCGUUGCCAGUGUGACUGGCAGUGUCAUCCCUUCCUCAAUCCCAGCCACAACCCCAACCCCAACUCCUACCCCUUCUCCUUAUUACUCGUAG